UCGUUCUGUUAGCAUUGAAAAUUCCGCGCUUUGUUUUGUUUUCAAGUCUCGCUGUUGUAAUUUCACUUAUCGUGGAAGUUCGUUUGUCCUUCACCGAAUCAAAUUCGAAAUCAAUCGCUUGAGAACUGUUAAGUAUUAUAUCGAUGUUAUGUCUAGCGGUACUCGGGAUCGUGAUGGCAACAAUGGUGGUGGUCAAGUUGGGAAUAACAAGCAAAAACGUCAAAAGCAUGGAAACAAUUGGCAUAAUGGAAAAAUGAAGAUGAGACCUGUUACAGUGGAGACAGUUCGCCGUAUUGUUGCUCAAGAGGGGCGAUCUGCGAGAAAUUUAAUUUCAUGGAAUGCACCUCUUGAUAAUGUGGAGAGAAAACAUUCUGUUGAUGAUGGUGAAGAAUUCAAACCUGUGAAAACUCGUAGACGAGCAUCAGGAUUAAAACGAAGAUCUAAAUCAUGUGAUACAAAUGAUAAAAAGUCUGAUAACAGCAACAAUAAAAGUAAUGGAACGACUCGGACACCCAGAGAUAUAAAGACAAGUGGAGGAUCUUCAAGAUCUUCAUCAGUUGGCAAGAAACAAACAAGUAUUCGUGCGAGAUAUUGGGCAUAUUUAUUUGAAAAUCUUCGUAGAGCUGUUGAUGAAAUAUAUGCAACCUGUGAAACAGAUCAAAGUGUUGUUGAGUGCAAGGAAGUUCUUCUGGUUUUGGAUAAUUAUAGACAUGAUUUUCAAGCUCUUAUUGAUUGGAUAAAUCUUCAAGAACGUAUAAAUUCAACUGAUGUUGCCAACAGACCUACAUCUUUGGCAUGGGAGGUCCGUAAAUCUUCACCAGGUCGGCCGAGACAAAGAAUGACUCCUCGUUCUGGACAACAACCUCCCUUUUCAGGUCUUACUCAAAAUGCUCCAUCAUCGACGACUGGAAUCACACCGACAAACAGCAUUAAAAGGUGUCUCAAGUUCCCAGAUGGGAAUGCUGGGUUAAAUGCAACCUCAAACAACACUACUAAUUCUGCUCUGUGUGAUAGCAAAACAUCAUCUAAUUCUUUGCUUCUUCGAUCAAAUUUUGACAAAAAGCCUGGAUCUACAACUGGUACAGUAUCCUGGGCUGACAAAGUAAAAGGAGUUACAAACACGGUUCCUAAACCAACCGCACCACAAUCUCAAAAUCAACCAAAAACAAUGGUUCCACAACCUAGCAAAAAAACUGGCAAAGAGAACACUGUGAUCAAUAAAGCUAGUGGAUUAAAAACAUCUGAUGAGGAAGAAGGUUGGGAAAGAGUUUCGUCAAAGAACAAACAACCGAAAGUCAAUCGUGUUCAUUUCACAAAACCGAAGGACAAACCUCAACAACCUGCAAACACUGAUACAAAUAAGAGAAAGGCUUUAUCAAUUAUCAAAGAUGAUAAUUCAAAUUUAGUGGUUGUCAAUGAAAACAAAGAACUCGUCAAAACUGAUAAACUCGUUGCAGAAAACCUGGAAUUUUUUGUUGAUUCAAUCGCUGAAGAUUCGCCUAUUACUCCUGUAUCCGGGAAUUCAAGUUAUUCUAAUUUAGUUGUGGAAAGAUCAAUGGCUACUUCCAGCACCUCAUCAUAUAGUGAUAUAGUGGGUGAUACUGCUCAAAGUGAAAAACUUGAUGAGGAUUCAUCACUCAAUAAAGUUUUGUUCGUUGGAAAUGAUAGUUUCCAGGAUGAGGAUAUUUCUCUACAAACUCUUGAGGAUGUUGAAGCUGAAUAUUUUAAAUCUGACCCAACGUUGUUGCCUGUUGAUGGUGAAAGCAAUGUAAUUGAAUCAUUAGAGGAGGACUCCGACUCAAAAACAAAUAAAGCUCUUCUUGAACAUGAUGCUUCAAUCGCAGCUGCUGAACAAGAAGAACAAGAGUUAAUGAAAGAAAUUGAAGAAGAAGAAAAUAAAUAUAUUGAUGUUGAUUUGGAGGAAUCAAAUGAAGCAGAUACACCAAGUGCAUCUAGCAAUGGAAAAAAUUCCCUGGAAAACUCACAGGAAGGUUCUGAUUGGAAUAAAAUUAUGGCCAGAUAUGAAGCUGAACAAGAGAUGCAUCAGGGAAUGACUUGGGGUGAUAUGAUUGAUGAAGAAGAAUUAAGAGAACCUGGUCGGGCUGUUCAAAUGCAUGAAAAAUUAUCAUCACCAUCUAGAAAGAGAACACCUGCUGAAUCUAAACGUAAAAUGGAAGAAAAACAACGAUCAGCUUCGUUGAGAAGACAGAAAAUGGUUCAAGAUAAAACUGAAAGAAUUCAUGUAUUGACUGAAAAAGUGAUAGAAGUUAAAAAUUUAAAAGAUGACUUAAUUUCUGGGAGAAGGGAGUUGUUACAGGAAUUACAUGUUGAGAAACUUCAGCGGGCAGAGCAACAACGAGCAAUGAAAUUAAUGAAGAUUGUACAGAAAGCGCAAGCAGAAGAAACUAAAGUCAACGAAAUUUUAUUCAUCAAUGAACUUCAGGAACAAAAUAAAAGACAUGAUGUACUGAAUAGAUUACAAGAGCAUGAUGCAAGAUUACAGGAAAUACAGCAGGAACGAAAUAAACAGCAAGAGGUCAAAGCUGCAAAAGAAGAAAAUGUUAAGGAACGACGAAGACUGCUUGAAAAAGAACGUCAGGAAAGACUCAGUGAAUUAAUCAAUAAAAGAAAAGAACAAGAUUCAAGAAUUGAACAACAAAAACAGGAAAAAGAAAAAGAAAGAGAAAAAUUGGCAAGAGACAAAGAAAGAGAAAGAAAAAUUCGUUUAUCUGCUUUAAAUGCAGCACAACAAGAAGCUGUGACUGAACUUCAGAAGAAGAUACAAAUAAAGCAUGAUGAGAGUGAAAGACGUCAUCAAGAGCAGUUGGAACAAAGAAAAGAGAAAGCACUUGAACUUAGUCUUGGAAAAUUUUCUCUAUCAUCUAGUGGCAAUCUCCAACCAGGAGAAUUACAAAGCACGAUUUAUGAGGGUGAAAAAGCAGCACAAAGAGCAAAUGGUGUCAACAGUUCACUGGACUUGUGUUUAGUGUCAAUGGAAGAAAAUGAAACAGGAAAAGGCGAUGCAUCUGCAGGUACUAAAAAUACACAACAAGAUGGAUCAAAUGCAGUCAUGUCUCCAAGAGGUUGCACAGCGGCUGAAGAAAAAAGGAUUGCAAAAGAAAAAGAAAUUCAAAUGAGAGAAAGGAAAAAAGCAAUGAGAAAAAGAAUGAAAAAAUUGAAAACAAGAAUGUCAUCAAGAGGGAAAGAAUUUCUGAAGACAUUAGAUCAGAAGUCAUCAACCACGUCCAGCAGUAAGAACAAAGUAUACAGACUAGUGAAAGACAUCAACCGUCAACUCGCAAAUCAAAAAGAGAGUAGUGGUCCCUGGCCAGCUAAUAGAGUGUCAGCUCUGGAUCGUGCAUUGGGAGAAAUCAAUAGAUUAUUAGAGAAGAAGGAUGACGGCAGCAAAGCUUUAUUUCGCACAAGUGGAGGUUUUGAAAUGAUUGAACAAGUUUUUGAAGUUCCUCUCAAUUCAGCAACAUUCCAAGGACAAAAAGGCGAAACUGUUUCCAUUAUUCCCGACAAGACGAUUGGAAACGCCGCUUCUACGUUCAAAUCCGCUUGUGAAGAUUGUUACGACAACGUUCUUUAUGUUUUGUAUUCAAAUCGAUUCACUGUGCUCAUUGAUGCAUUGGCUCAACAAUUGACAAAACACCUCCCCGAAGUGGGAUCACCGUCAAACGCCAAAAGUCCUACCAUCGGCCGAAAAUCAAGCAAUAAUAACAAUAGCAACAAAGGAAACAAUAUUACUAGAGAUGAUUUGUUCGAUUUAGCAUCUUCUUCAUUGCUAGAUACAUUAGCCUUCUGUAUUGAGUUUCUUGCAACAAGAUCACCCGUCCGAGAAGAUGGAAAGAUUCGACUAAGCGAAAACAAAGAACUGCAACGUGCUUUGAAAAUGACCAUAACUACGUCAUCAAGGUCAGGAUCGAUGGAUGUUAACGACUUGGAUCCUAAGAAAGCAACAGAAGGGUUUUUAAAUCGAGGAUUGGACGUUGUUAGCUACAUCGUGAGCUGUGGAGUUCUUGACAAACUGAGCACUUAUCUUGGAAGCAUUACAAGUGAAAUUGAAGCUCAUAGUAAAGCCGGGUCGUUUAUCGGCAACGGACUCUCGUUUUUGUAUUCCGUGACUGACUUUGUAGCUUUGAGGAAUAGAGUUACUUCUGAUGCUAACGAAGGAAGAAGUAGAAGAACAAGUACCAGCAGUAAUGCCUCUGCACAAAGUGUCGACAAGAUUUCGUUAGAAAACCGUAACCCAUCAACGCUUUUCGACCCCCAAUCUUGGGACAGUGACCCGACUCAGCUUUUACCCACUUUGUUUCAUACGGAAGUCAUGGGGGUCGUAAGUGUUCUAUAUGGAAUUCUACUUCACGGUGCACCCGAAAGACCCAUAUUAUUACGUAACAAUUCAAUUCAAGCGUUGGAUGACGUCACGUCACCUCCACAAAAGAACAUUCCUGAUCACGUGCUCCAUAUCGCAAAAUCCGUUUUCUCGGUCUUAAACGCAGUCGCUGAUCUAGACAUCCAGUUAUUACAGGAAAGUCUCGGAGCAGAAGGAGUGUCACUUGAAUUUCGACACAUUUGCACAUAUUUAUUGUGGUACUGUCAACAUGAUGGUGAACACGAAAUAUUAUUGCACGAAGUUAUCGUUUGUGUCGGCCAUUUCGCACUGUGCAACAAGAAAAAUCAGGACACGAUACAUUCAGGUGCAAUGCCGACCGUUCUUCAACAACUGUGUGUCUUACCAUUUUCGUACUUCAGCAAUCCCAGAUUAUCCAAUAUCCUGUUCCCAACCUUGAUUGCAUGUUGCCAUGACAACCCUACUAAUCUGGAAAUGUUGGAACAAGAAGCCAGCAGCAGUUUGUUAUCGAGCUAUAUUAAGGGUCUUCUGGAAGAUCACGAGAACUUGGAUUCCUUGGAAAAAAUAAAAUACGGAGGUGACGUUAUUUCGAAGACCAAGAAAGCUGUAGCUCUAUCUUCAAGUCGUUUAUAUACCCUAGCUUUUCUACGAGGUGCAUUGUUGUUCUUCGACCAACCAAACUCAUCUAAAGUCAUCACGAAUGGCGACGUCAGCAAUACCACUGUUUCCAAUUUUUGCACCUCGGAUUAGGAUGUAUGUAGUCUAAUUCUCAAUUUGGAUUUACGUGACCUAAUCGUUGCCUAUUGUGUGCAUACUAUCUCGGUACUUCCGUAGUGUGUGUGCCGGGUCAGGGUUAGGCAAUAAUUUUAUUUCGGUUUUUUCUUAUUUUAGUUCUAUUACGAGUUCGGGGACUUUCUAUGUUAGCCAAGUGAACAUCCCCUGCCUAUAGGUUUCAGUCCCUUUACAUAACUUGAUGUAAAAGACACGAACGAAAUUAGUUACCUCCAUAUUGGUACACAUACUUCUGGGGCGCCCGAUUCUCUGCAUUUACGAAGGUUCACACUUUAGAACUAGGAGUGUUCUGAGUCUUUGCACCAGGUGGUUUGGUCAUAAUAUUGAAUUAUCAAUAUUCAUAUUAAAAUGGCAUUCAUAGUACUCGAUUAUCGGUAGAUGUGUUUAUUAUUCCUUGUUAGCGAACUAUCCAAUGCUGGUGAACUUAUUUUGCUUUCACAUUAUAUCCACUACAAGUACAGUACAUCACUCCAUGUGCCAUGUAUCAUUGUUGCAAAUGUCUUUUCAUCGUUUUUUUUCACUCGUUUGUAAAAUAUUAGUGUAGUCAUUUGUGAAGUCUAAAUGUAUUGUGGCACCUAUAACUAGUCAUAGUAGCGCACAAAUUCUGUUUUAAUAUUAUUCAAUAUUUAUUUUUAUUGUUUCGAACUUAGUGGAUUAGUCCUAAACACCCCUACUGUGUUGAUUUCUCUGGAAUGUACAAUUUUUUACAGAGCAAAAUAUAUGUACCAUAUUUUCAAGUCG